GGGCCUCUCAGCCGGCAGGUGCGCGGGGAGCUGCGCGGACCUAGGUGGGCGGGGACCCGCGGCGGCCCCGGGCCCGCCCCCAGAGACCGUGCCCUCAAGCCCGGCCUUCGCCGCUGGGUUGGUGGGCCGCGCGGGGGCGUGGCCAGCGAUCAGUGGUCGCCGCUGAGCCCUGCUCACCUUCCGCGCCCAGCGGAGAGAGCUGUGCUUACGCGGCUGCCCUGCGUUUGCUCCUCGCCUGCGUCCGCUCGGCGUCUUGGCUCAGGCCCUGCCAUGUUCCGCAGGGUAGGCUGGCUGGUCCUGUACAGCCUUGCUGUGCUGCUGCUCAGCUGCCUGUUCUUCCUGAAGAAGGAGGCCCACCCAGCGGGGGGCCCCAUGGCCCGACAGCCCUUCUGGGCUCCCCCAGGGCCCCGGCGCAGCCAGUGUCCACCCAACCACACGGUGGCCAAUGCCUCCCUGUUCCUGCCUAACCGUCACCGCCUCUUCUUGACCUAUCGCCACUGCCGCAACUUCUCCAUCUUGCUGCAGCCUUCGGGCUGUGCCGAGGACACCUUUCUGCUCCUGGCCAUCAAGUCACAGCCUGGCCAUGUGGAGCGGCGUGCGGCCAUCCGCAGCACGUGGGGCCGCGCAGGAAGCUGGGCUAAGGGCCGGCAGCUGAAGCUGGUGUUCCUCCUGGGGGUGGCGGGAUCUGCGCCCCCAGCCCAGCUGCUGGCCUACGAGAGUCGGGAGUUUGAUGAUAUCCUACAGUGGGACUUUGCUGAGGACUUUUUCAACCUGACACUCAAGGAGCUGCACUUGCAGCGCUGGGUGGCAGCUGUCUGCUCCCAGGCCCAUUUCAUGCUAAAGGGAGAUGAUGAUGUCUUUGUCCAUGUCCCCAAUGUGUUGGAGUUCCUGGAUGGCUGGGACCCAGCCCAGGACCUACUGGUGGGAGAUGUCAUCCGCCAGGCCCUGCCCAACAGGAACACCAAGGUCAAAUAUUUCAUCCCACCCUCCAUGUAUAGGGCCCACCACUACCCACCCUAUGCUGGGGGUGGAGGGUAUGUCAUGUCCAGAGCCACUGUGCAGCACCUCCAAGCAGCCGUGGAAGAGUCUGAACUCUUCCCCAUUGAUGACGUCUUUGUGGGGAUGUGCCUGAAAAAGCUGGGGGUGAGCCCCAUGCACCAUGCUGGCUUCAAGACAUUUGGAAUACGGCGGCCCCUGGACCCUCGGGACCCCUGCCUGUACAGAGGGCUCCUUCUGGUGCACCGCCUCAGCCCCCUGGAGAUGUGGACCAUGUGGGCACUGGUAACAGAUGAGGGGCUCAAGUGUGCAGCUGCCCCCUUGUCCCAGCUUCGAGGGGUGGGUUGAGCGAGUAGACUUAAUUUUGCAAUCAUGAUGAGAAAUCGAGAACCCUGAAACCUGGCCCUUGAUGGGUCUACAAGAAAUGCUGACUUUGUUUUUGUAACCUCCUCCCAAACCUUGCUAACUCUGAUUAAAACACUGAAACCUGG